AUCAUAAGUAAUUGACUGUCAUCAUUUUUGGGUAGAGUUUAAUUAACUAGUUGAUUAGAUUUAUAGAUUGUUAGCAGCAUUUAAAAUUAGAGGUAAUCGCAGUAUAAGUGCUACGGGAAUGAAGCCUCGCCCAUGGCUGUCAGGCGGGCUCUGCCUGGCGCUGUAUCUCGCCCACUCGGCAGCCCUCGGAGACUAUUCGUCGAUCUCAGCGAGAUCCCUGGGAAAAAAGAGGUUCACCGAUAGUUCUGUCCUACUGACCCAGACGGUCCCUCGCGUGUUGGCUUGCCUGGACUUGUGCCGCGGCUUCGAGCUCUGCGUCGCCUUCAGCUACGAUGGAGUUUCGUGCCAGCUCAGAGGCACCGUGUCGAUCGUCGUCGACUCGACGAUUUGGGUCUCAUACGUCAUCACUCAACAGCCUGACCUCAAUCUAUUGAUGGAUCCGUGUGCUAGCAGCCCAUGUCCGGGGGCCAAAGUUUGCGUGCGCUACUCGAUCCCAGCCCAGCUACCGUACCACCCUGAGUGGGCCCUCAACUUCACGCUCCCAGGCUACGUCUGCACCAGUGCUACAUCCUUGCUUGCCCAGCGCGAUCAAGGCAAAAGCUGCCGGUUCGUGAUGUACUGGAACACGUGGAUGUCAGGCAGCGACAUUAGCUCUGUGACCGAGCCCUUCUACGAGGCUUUCGACCGCUGCUCCAACCUCAACUGCACGUCGAUUUGUACCGCUUGGGGUACAGGAAUGCCAGGGCUACUCUUCAAGAACUCAGCCCCGUUUUUGGGAACUGCGACUACUGUGACGCCCAACUACGUCUGCUGGUUUCCGGAGUGUGCUUGAACCAUGUAGCAUCGAUAUUGCCUGUGGUAGUUCGGAGGUACCUGAACCCUCGGUACUGGCUGUGGUACCUCGCGUAUGCCUGAGCCACGUACAGUCGAUUGUGGCUGUGGCUCCUUCAGGUGUACCUCAGCUAUGUACCCUCCAUUCUACUCAUGGUACCUCUCGCGCGUAUACCUGAGGCAAAUACUGUCGGUGUUACCGGUGGCUCCUUGCCCGCAAAGCUGAGUUCGCCCACAUCGUUUCUGUUGUUGUCGUUGCUCCAUGGGUAACAUAUUUAUUUAUUCAAACUAAUGAGCAAGUCCUGAACAAGUCUCCUAUUUCUACAAAGGCGAAAUGAUUCUUUUAAUAAAAUGUUGCCCGUAUCAGAAAUAAAUUCCCGUGAGGAGAAAUAGAAUAUCAAUAGCGUUGCUCUGCCAGAGAAAAACGCUUAUAGUUAACAUGUUAUCUGUAAAACAAAAACGGCGCUGCCUAUUUAAUGGAAAGCUCUUUCAGGCAACGCUACUUCAAACCAAGUUCGAACCUUUGCACGUGACAAAGUUUGUAUUAGACUAACUUGACAAGUUCAGUCUUAACUUGAUUUUAUAAAGAGUUCACGCCUUCCACCAAGUCCAUUCUACCGACCACACCUCAGUUUCUUAACCCUUAAAUUAAAACUGAAUCACCGUAGUAUAACAUUUCAAGUUUCACCACCUCUCUAUAUAUUAAUCUUCAUAAGAUAACUGAUCACCGUCCUAUAACCUUUUAAAGGCAAAUGCCUCACCAUAUUUUAACCUCGCUUAUAUCACUGCGCAACCGUAUUAUUACCAAUUUAAGGUAAUCGCAUCACCAAAUACGUAAUAGUGAUGCGAACCUUUUUUGAAUUAAAAGGAUAAGCGCAUUAUGACAUUUUUGUUCAAAGAACAACUCUAUAUAACCAUCACCUUCUUAAGAAACCCCAUCACGGUUUUAUUGCCUCUUGUGCGCAAAAAUCUUAUUACAAUAUUAUACCAAUUAAUAAAAAUCACAUUACAGUAUUAUAGCCUUUACUAAAUAAUUAUAUCAGCGUAUUUUAACUUUUAUUAGAUAAAGAAUCGCACCGCCAUAUUAUGAGCUGCAUUAUUCAACCACAUUAUAUUAUUAAGAUUCAAUUAGGUAAUCGCGUAACCGUAUUGGAACCGUUAAAUGGUAAUCGCAUCACCGUAUCAGCCAACGUUUCAUCACCACGGCAAAGACAAUUUUAAAGCGCACUCAAUUGACCUAGACCAGCGGUUCCAAAACUUAUGCAGGCUGGCGCCCCCUUGGCUCCCCAGUGAAUUCCUAGCGCCUCCCCCCUACAGACACAAACGGAAACAAAUACCUCUUUCUUGAUACUUGGUAUGCUGCAAUUUGAAAAGAGAAAGGUUAAUCACAAGUGUGUAUUUCACAAAUAAAACCCAAUUUAGUGAGGGGGUGUACUUUAGGGUGUUACUUACGUAAUAUAUAUUUUUUAGCAAUUUUAACUGUUUCAGCACUAGAAGCCCAGUAACUGGAUUAUCAAAAUAUAGCUACGUAGCGACUUAAUUGUGGCGUAAGUGCAGCUAUGAAGACCCAACUCUAGAAAGGUUAAAAAACCCAGAUCUGGUUGCGCCCCAAUUUCAGAGCGCGUCCAUUCCACCCAAUCACUCACCCAAUCGAUCAUAACAAUCCCAUCGCUUUUGCGGGUGUCACGGUCAAUUCUAAAGGCCGGUCCAGACGCUGCGUUUUCACCACCUUUUGUCUGCACAUUUCAGCACGUUGCAGAUAAAACGUUGCAUGUGGACUGGAAAUCUGCAGAGUUUUGAGUCCUUCGGGAAGCCGGCACAGUUGAGGCGAUAUCUGAGGUAGAGAGCAUAGAUUUCUUUCAACUGUGCGGACAAUUCGGUGGACGAUAGCACGGUUUCCCAAUUCAUUCAGCAGAGGUUUUGGAAGUAUUUCUCCGAAAUUAUUGCAUUGUAUGAAAGUUUCUCCUGCGUUUGGCGUGUCAAAUCCAAAGAUUACAGUGACAGGAAUAAAGAAGGGGAGGCCUAUUAGAGUUCAGUGGACAAAUUGCUGCAACCGCUAAGAGAGAAAUAGUUGUAGAAAAAUCAAUUCUUUGAGGAGUGUUUGCCGUAAAGUGGUGAUAGUGCGGUUCUCAUACAAGUAUUUUCUUUGAUGAUAUGCAGUGACACUAAUUCAAAUGAAUAAAAAUAUGUAUUUAUAUCCAUUCUCAAUUAGUUCCGCCGAUCAAUAGUGUCAAUAAACCUACUCCAUGACGAUAUAAUGCAAAACUUAGCUAAAUAUACAAAUAUCUCUGCACCGCGUGGACGCUCUAAAGAUUGCUACCUUCUCACUCCGUCUCAAGACUGCGCAGAUCAAAACGUAUGCGUCUGGACCGACGUUAAAGCGCACCAAUUCGAUCUUGACGAACACGUACGCUGCUUCGGUAGGGGUCGCACCCUCGUUUUUAAACGCACUCAAUCGCUAUUGACCAUCGAGUGUCCUUAGUUGGCAUACUUAUUUUGUGGGCCCCCAUUGACCAUUAAUUGAUGAUCAAUGAUGGCCAACUUAUGAAUAGCCAAUUAAUAGGCUUCUCUUAAUUAAGUAUCGUGCCCUAAUAUAUUGAAGCGCGCCCCAACAUACUAGUAAAUAAAAACUAUUUGAACUAUCUUCAAUGAAAAUUAUGCUGCCGUGAAAAUUUUAAUAGUUCUAUGCAUUUCAACCAAUUAAAUUGAGCAAACAUUAAACAUCCGAUUGAAAACGGGAGUUUUCUGGGCUGUCAGGGUAUUUAUUGAAUGGUUUUCAUUUACAUAGCGAUAUAUUGGGGUAUUUUAUUCUUAAUAUAGCAUGUAUUUUGGAAUAGUUAUAAGCCGUAGAUUCGACAGUCGGCAACAGAAGCAUACAUAUAGCCUGCAUUUAAUAUGUCCGGUAAAUAAAAUUACCUUUCUCGCUAAAUGUGAUUGUUCAAUGUGACCGCCUGCUACGAUCUUUAGCGCCGAUGAAACGCCUUGAAUUUUUAUUAGGUUUAAUGCUAUCUUCAUUUUGGAACUGCAUCACAUUAUUGCAGAAGAGUGUUACACUA